AUGGACUCAGGCAAGCGACCUUGCCCCCGUACAGGCGAGAACUUCAACUAUGCCACUUCUGGUGCUCAGUUGGCCCUGGCCUACAGAAACGACAUGCAGGGAUGUGUGACAGGGCUGAACAAGUUGUGUCCGUACCUCGACCCUGCUGCCGUCACGGCAUCCGGCAGCGUUUAUGACGCCCAAAAUGCGACGGUCACCGCCACCGCUGCAAACCCAGUCGGCUUCUGCCAACCGAACUGCGUCAGAGCUCGCUCCAACUACGACGCGUGCUGGGUUGCGUUCUACUCCAAGUACUUCAGCUCCGUCGACUUGGGGGGUGCCACGCUGUCCGCCGACGGUUCCACGUGGACGCAGCUCAACGGUCAGAACUUGACCACAUUUUGCGCGCCCUACACCAGCGGGGCGUUUGCUCGUGGGGCCGUGUCGCUGCUUGUCCUGCUCGUGUCUGGGGCGGCACUUGUGUUCUCACUUCUGUAA